CCGGAUGGGGGAGCCGCGUAUUGCAUAGUGAAAUCAAGUGCCAGUCGCCCCAAAUCGAAAAAGAGCGCGGCAAGAAGAGACGAGCCGCCGCCUUCGCUUCCCUCCCUCCGCUCAGGACGUGACAGAAUCACUCGCUCGCUCGCGGAGACCCGUUGCCUUCUUUGCCUCCAGAGGCCUGUGGGACUGCGCUUUGUGGCUUUGCCGUUUUGACCGGACGACGCCCAACACAACGGAAAGGGGGCGAGAAGCAGCAGAAGAAGCCCGAGCUUGAGCUUUCCACCGAGGAGGACACACACACACACACACACACACACACACACGUCAGUGGUAGUUGCCACUUAGAGAUUGACCAUGCCGCAGGUAAGUCGGGCGGUUUGCCAUCUUUUUAUUCAUUUCGUGCCGGUGGGAGGGGAACUUUUCUCACUGACAGGGGGUGGCAAAAAACGUUUUUCCGCAGAGUCUGGUGUUCGCCGAGCAAGUGCCCACGUACGUGUACCAGAACGUGAACUUCCAAGCCACCGUCAAGCUGGUGGACAGCCACAAGGCCAAAGUCACGGGGUACGUCGGCAACUGCGAGUGUCAUAACGUUACAUUUCCCUUGUGCCAGUGUCUAAACGGCAACUUUGUCUCUUUGCAGUGUCCGCAAGCCACUGCAAGUGUCUCUGCGCUUCCACGACACGUACGACCUGGUGGAAGACCAAGAUGCCGUGCUCCGCGUGGCCUCAGAGGCCCUCAUCGACCCCAACACGGGGCUGGCUCUGCUCUCCAUGAGUCUACACACACUCACAGCCACUUGCGACGGACGCAACUUCUGUCUCGAAGUGCGCAGCGCCGACGCAGACAUCGAGUCGGUCUUUUCAUCGCCUGUGAACGUCGUCAAAGAGAAACUGCAAGUGGUGACGCAGCCCCCCGACGUCUGGUUUAAAGACGAAGGAGGUCGCGAGAAGUGCAUGACGGUGGCUCUGACUCUGGUACCGGCUCCGGGAGCGUAUCUGGAAGACCGCGUCGUGCCACUGGACGUGAAGCUGCUGUACGAGUCCGGCAACACGGUGCUAAACCAGAGCAUCUUGAGACUAUUCCCUGACAUGAGACCCAAUAUGACGCACGGCCGAGCGACCAUUUCCUUCCGAAUCGACGACGUGUCAAAGAAUCACCAGGGACAAUCAUUCAUGCUGGAGAUCGGACCGGAGCAACAGGACGGCAGCUCCAUGUUCCAAGACAUUGCACCCACACGCACGUCGGUAAUUGCAAUUCGAUCCAAGCGUAACAAACGGAAACUCAAUGCCCAAGCGGCGGCGGCAGCGGCUGCUGCAGCGUCAGGGGUCUACGGCAUGCGUGCUUCUCCUCGGAGUGUUGCUGGCACCCCACGAACCCCUUACAUGAACAUGGGUGGAACACAGAACUCCCCGCAGUCUAUGGGUCCCAACGGGAUGAUGAUCGAGCCGCAUCCGCAACGCGCUCGCAAGUACUUGGCAACUAGCAACGCUAUGGGAUACAACGGCAUGAUGCAACAACCGCAACAACCAAUGGGCUCCAUGUCCUGGAGCAGCCACUUGAUGCAGCCCAAUGCCAGCUCUGUAUCCCCUAUGCAGCCGCAAACGCCACAGAACCAACAAGCGCCAGUCCAGACUCCAGGUUCUGGAGCUGGGAACAGCCCUGGAGCGGUGGAGUGGGCUCUCGGUGGCUUUGAGAUUCAUCCUGAUGGCUCCAUGAACACCGCUAGACCAAUCUAUCGCUGUCCGCAAUGCCGGCGUCUAAACGAUGUAGACAUGCUGGCUGCGGGGCCUGCUGUUUCGCACAGUCCGCAGUGCGUGUUCUCUCCCAACGGUGGCAAUGGCAACAUGAUGUACCGUUCUCAAAUGGAAGGAACGCCCAUGAACCAACAGCAAAUGCAACAACGAGGAUACGCAACAUACCAGCAGAUGGCUGAGCAGAGUAUGGGGAUGAGUGCACCGCAGACUUCUACUAGUAGCAGCUACGGCAGCAGCGCGAUGGUCGAUUCUUCGUCACUGAAUGUGCAGCAGAACACGGUAAACAUCACGUCCAAGCCCGAAGAUGUAUCUCCAAAGACACUCGCUACCUUCGCAGCUUCGUCAACUCAACGACCGUCUAUGACGAUCUCUCCAUACAUGAACAAGGUCACGACUGAAACAGGUUUACCGGCUAACAACGGACAAGAGCAGACAGCCAGUGGCAAUUUGUUCGAGAGCAAUGCAUUUCACAACCAAAUGGAGAUGAUGGGCAACAGUACUGAGAAAUUGUUCAUGAACAAGAGCACCGCAGUGGAAGAUGACCCCGCUUUGGACCCGCAACAGCAACAGCCUCAAAAUUAUCAACAGGAUGCAGGCGCAAACUUUGGUGGUGUCAUUGGCACGUCGCUGUUUAAUGAGAUGACCAGUAUGGGCAUUAAUCUGGACCAGAGCGAGCCUCAGUUACUGGGCGAGUUUGGUGGACUGCAGGGUAACACCCAGACACCUAAUGAUGAAGAUCAAGUGUUCUACAUCCUGGCACGGAUGUACACGGACGCACAGGAGCGCAAACUUGGUUUGCCUGCCUUUGACCAGUUUCAACGCAUGCUUGGUUUCUACAGUGAAGCUCAGGAUGAUGUUCAGACUCAAGUGGUUUUCCAUCCACUGCGCGAUAUCUGCUUGUCUAAUGAGGAGCGAGAAAAGAUCACGUCGCAGUUCGUGGAUGAACUCGGUCGGGACUCACAAGCGGUGCAUUCCCUACCCAAGUACCAGCACAAUCUCAUCAUGCUGCGUGAGGACGCACUGAUGUUCUACUGGAGCCAAUCGCUUGUAUGAGGCUGAUGUUGGGAUGAUAAUAGAGCCUCGGCGUAGGCAACCGUUGUGUUUUAAGGGCAAAAAGUACCCGUAGCGAGUCGGUAGUAAAACGCGUUGGUCGUGUAUAAGUGCGUGAGAUGCAUGUAAGUUACGUAGUUUAAUCGUUAAUCCAGUCAAAAGUCGUUAUUUUCAUAUCGAUACUACGUUGAACUGGC